CCCGCUGCCGCCGCUGCCGCCGCUGCUGCUGCCGUCGCUGCCGCCGCCCGCAGGCUGCGCGACCGCCGCCGCCGCCGCCGCCCCGCCUUGGCCAUGGACCUGUUCGGGGACCUGCCAGAGCCCGAGCGCUCGCCGCGCCCGGCUGUCGGCAAAGAAGCUCAGAAGGGACCUCUGCUUUUUGAUGACCUCCCUCCGGCCAGCAGUACUGACUCAGGGCCAGGGGGACCUUUGCUUUUUGAUGAUCUCCCACCAGCCAGCAGUGGCGAGUCAGGUCCUCUUGACACUUCGAUGUCCCAGACGGUAAAGAACGAAGAGAAAGGAGCAAAGAGAAAAGCCCCCGAAGAAGAGAAGAAUGGCAGUGAAGAGCUUGUGGAAAAGAAAGUUUGUAAAGCCUCCUCAGUGAUCUUCGGUUUGAAAGGCUAUGUGGCCGAGCGGAAGGGCGAGCGGGAGGAGAUGCAGGACGCCCACGUCAUCCUGAAUGACAUCACGGAGGAGUGUAGGCCCCCGUCGUCCCUCAUUACCCGGGUUUCAUAUUUCGCUGUUUUUGAUGGUCACGGAGGAAUUCGAGCCUCAAAGUUUGCUGCACAGAAUUUGCAUCAGAACUUAAUCAGGAAAUUUCCUAAAGGAGAUGUAAUCAGUGUAGAGAAAACGGUGAAGAGAUGCCUUUUGGACACUUUCAAGCAUACUGAUGAAGAGUUUCUUAAACAAGCUUCAAGCCAGAAGCCUGCCUGGAAGGAUGGCUCCACUGCGACGUGUGUUCUGGCUGUGGACAACAUCCUCUAUAUCGCCAACCUCGGAGAUAGUCGGGCAAUCCUGUGUCGUUUUAAUGAGGAGAGUCAAAAGCAUGCAGCCUUAAGCCUCAGCAAGGAGCAUAAUCCCACACAGUACGAAGAGCGAAUGAGAAUACAGAAGGCUGGAGGAAACGUCAGGGACGGUCGCGUCUUGGGCGUGCUGGAGGUGUCACGCUCCAUCGGGGAUGGGCAGUACAAGCGCUGUGGGGUCACUUCGGUGCCGGACAUCAGACGCUGCCAGCUGACCCCCAAUGACAGGUUCAUUCUGCUGGCCUGUGACGGCCUCUUCAAGGUCUUCACGCCAGAAGAAGCGGUGAACUUCAUCCUGUCCUGCCUGGAGGAUGAGAAGAUCCAGAGCCGGGAAGGGAAGCCCACCGUAGACGCCCGCUACGAAGCCGCCUGCAACAGGCUGGCCAACAAGGCAGUGCAGCGGGGCUCGGCGGACAACGUCACCGUGAUGGUGGUGCGGAUAGGGUCCCCGUGAGGGCCGGCGGGGCAGCGAGGGUGCGGCGGGGCCGGGAACGCGGCAUGGUAUUGACUUCACAGGUUCAUCGUGUGUGUGUGCACAUUCUGUGUGUUUCGUGUACUCCUGUGGGACUCCCAUGGUUGUAAAUAAAGGUUUCUUUUUUUUUUCUU